UGUGUUCUGAGAUAAAAAUAAGAAUAAGAAUAUAAUACACGUGUCGGUACGCUGCGUGUUUUCAGGUAAAUACUAAAUUGAAGAAAAAUGAAGAUUGUAAAUAACAUAGUGUAUGGCCCAGCUGCGAGAAAGGUACCCAACAUUUCGGUUCAGCAAUAUGUACUCGACAGUCUUCGUACCGAAAGCGAUAGAGUGAUGCAGGAAGAUAUCCAGACUGGCAAAUGUCUCACGCGUAGAGAUAUUCUUGAAUCCAGCGUGGCUCUGGCCGAAGCAUUAAAAACGAAUGGGAUCGGCAACGGAGACAGAAUCACCAUCAUCAGCGAAAAUCAUCCCAACUUCGUGAUUGCAAUGUGUUCAAUUUUUUACGUCGGAGGAGUUCACGCGCCCCUGAAUCCCUUAUACACAGAAAGGGAAUACGCACACAUGCUGAACAUCCUGCAGCCCCGGGUAAUAUUCGUCUCCGAAAAGUGCGAGGUGCUGAUCGGAAAAAUUGUUUCGACCCUAAGCUGGAAGGUUUCGUUGAUACAAUUGGACGACAAAGCUCUGACGGAGAACGCGGCAACGUUGAAGGAGCUCGUGGAGAGGCACAAGGGCAGAGUAGAUCCUUACACGUUCGUCCCAGCGCCGGUAAACGACACCAGCAAGGCAAUGGCAGCCAUUUUUGGUUCCAGUGGGACAACUGGUUUCCCAAAAGGCGUUACGUUGUCCCAUCGAAACCUGCUCACCUUCGUUCACAAUGUCAGAGAACCAAAUUACUUGGACAUCCAAGGAGGCGAUCGAGUACUGAUCUUCCUGCCACUGUUUCACGGGUACGCGUUUGGCAUGGUGCUCGCAUCGUUGUACUCUGGCGCCAUCACCGUCAUAAUGCGUUCCUUCAAGAUCGAGCCUUUUCUACGAACGAUAGAAGAUUAUAAAAUCACCCAUUUGCCACUGGUUCCACCCAUUCUGGUGUUACUGGCGAAACAUCCAACCGUGCCCAGCUACGACUUCAGCAGCGUCAAGGUUACGAUAUGUGGAGCAGCCCCUUACCCCAAAGACGUUGGCGAUGCGAUGAAGAGACGUACAAAAAUCAAGCACAUCCAAAACGGCUACGGCAUGACCGAAUUGUCCAUCAUCACUCACCUGGGCGACGUAACACGGCCGGAUGGAAACUUGGCCACCUUGUUCCCAGGACUUCUGUGCAAAGUGGUGGACCCAGAAACGAACCAAACGCUUCGUAUAGGAGAAACAGGAGAGGUGUGCGUGGCAGGUGACCACGUGAUGCUGGGAUACUUCAAGAACCCUUCGGUCACCGACCAGACCAUCGACAAGGAGAAAUGGCUCCACACGGGUGAUCUUGGUUACUUUAAUCCGGAUGGAACGUUGGAGAUCGCAGGCCGACUAAAGGAGCUGAUCAAGUACAAGGGCUACCAAGUGGCUCCGUCCGAGAUCGAGGACGUUAUACAGUCGUACCCUGGCGUCAAAGACGCGGCGGUUAUCGGCAAGCCUGACGAAGAAAGCGGGGAGGUACCUAUGGCAUUCGUGGUCAGAUUGCCAAACGGCAAGGUCACAGCGCAGGAAAUCUUGGAUUAUACAAACGAGCAUUUGUCACCCCAAAAGCGGCUCAGAGGAGGCAUUGUGUUCGUCGAGGAGAUACCAAAGACUCCAUCUGGGAAAAUCCUACGACGGGAGCUGUUGAAACUGAUCUCGAAAUUAUAAAUAGAUAUCUCGUCCUUCUUUUUCUUUCGAAUAAUGCAAUAUUAAAAAGAAACUAUCGUACCCGCAAAACCAGACGAAUCUCACCUAACGUUUUC